AUGGCCUUUCAGGAGCUCCUGGAUCAGGAUGGUGGCCUGGGGAAAUUCCACAUCCUUCAGACAAUUUUAGUUCUUCCCUUCAUGCUGAUGCUAUUAUGCCAUAUGAUUUUGGAGAACUUCACUGCAGCCAUUCCUGGUCAUCGCUGCUGGGUGAACAUCCUUGACAAUGACACAGUCUCUGCUAAUGAUACUGGGAUCCUCAGCCCUGAGGCCCUCCUCAGAAUCGCCAUCGCAUUGAACUCAGAAUCGAGGCCAGAGAAAUGUCAGCGCUUUAUUAACCAUCCCCACUGGCAGCUUCGUCAUCUGAAUGGAACCUUCACCAACAUGACUGAGCCAGACACAGAGGCCUGUCUGGACGGCUGGGUUUAUGACCAAAGCUCCUUCCUCUCUACCAUUGUGUCUGAGUGGGACCACGUAUGUCAUUAUCAGUCACAGAGAUCAGUUCAAUUCCUAUUCAUGGCUGGAAUGUUGGUGGGAGGCUUCAUAUACGACCCUCUCUCGGACAGUUCUCAAAUAGGUAGAACCCAAAGGGGUCAAUGCCAAGUCCAGUAG